GACACUGCUGCUGUUGACGAUGGCGACGAUGACGACGACGGCAGCAACAGUCGGUAGCAGCCCGUACCGGCGAAUCGGUCUGUGUCUGCUGCUGGCGAUGCUGCUUACCUGCGUGCGUCCCGGAACGACCUACAACAUCUCCACCACACAGCUGCACACGCUGCUGCUAGACCACGGGACGCUGAAGCUGACCUGGAUGAUGGACUGGUACAAGCGGGAGGUGCUGUUCCACGUGCAGAACACGUUCGCCCGUGGCCGAUACCGGACGUUCGCGAUCGGUUUCUCGGUGCGCGGUGAACGAGCCCGGACCGAUCUGUGCGUCUUCUCCUAUGGCCACGGCCUAUACCAGCAGGUGCACGAUGCGUACACGUCACGCGAUUUCGGGCGCCUGUACGUCGAUACGCUGCAGCACUGCGAGGUGAUGCGGGUCGACGACAAUUCCGUCGCAUUUCGGCGCAAGUUCGACACGUGCGACCCGCAGGACGUACCGUUCCAUGGUGGCACCAUGUACGCGGUGUGGUUCCGGAGCCACGAGCUGCUCGAUCUCGCCACCAACUGGACGCUGAUGCCGAACGUGAGCCGGCACGAUUGGGGCUCGCUGCCGGUGCAGCUGCUCCGGGCUGACCAGAUCCGGGUACCGGAACAGGGGCAGCAGCAGCCCACAACCACCAGCACCAGCAGCACCAGCAGCACUACCAACGCAGUGCGGCCUGUCGAAAUCCGGCUGGACCGGGUGGCGGUACCGGCCGAUGAGACCACCUACUGGUGCCGGAUACAGCGGCUCCAACCGUGGCUGCUGGCGGCCAAACAUCAUAUCGUGCAGUUCGAACCGAUCGUCGACCAGGGUGCCGGUGGGCUGGUGCAUCACAUGGAGGUGUUUCAGUGUGUGACGACGGGUUCCGAUCCGCUGCCGCUCUACAAUGGCAACUGCCGGGAUAUGCCGGCGGCCGGUAAGCGCUGUUCGAAGGUGAUGGCACUGUGGGCGAUGGGUGCCGGUACGUUCACGUACCCGCCCGAAACCGGUCUACCGAUCGGGGGGCCCGGUUUCAACCCGUACAUCCGGCUCGAGGUGCACUUCAACAAUCCGGAGCAGGUGGCCGGUCACAUCGAUAGCUCCGGUAUGCGGCUGAACGUGGUGGCGGCACUGCGCCGCCAUGAUGCCGCCAUCAUGGAGCUUGGGCUCGAGUACACCGACAAGAUGGCGAUACCGCCGGGCCAGGUCGCAUUUCCGCUCACCGGUUACUGCAUCGCCGAAUGCACCAGGGUGGCGCUGCCCGACGACGGUGUCGUCGUGUUCGGUUCCCAGCUGCACACCCAUCUGCGGGGGGUGCGCGUCCUAACGCGCCACUUCCGGGGCGCCACCGAGCUGCCGAACCUGAACCGUGACGAUUUCUUCUCGCACCACUACCAGGAGAUACGCCAGCUGCGCUACAAACCGCGUGUCCUACCGGGCGAUGCGCUGGUGACGACGUGCUACUACGAUACGCGUGGUUAUGAGACGGUCACCCUCGGUGGUUUCUCGAUCAGCGACGAGAUGUGCGUCAACUAUAUCCACUACUAUCCGGCGACCGAGCUGGAACUGUGCAAGAGUGCCAUCUCGGAGAAGUCACUCUACAACUACUUCGCUUACAUGCGCGAGGUGGAGAAGCAGGAGCGGAUCGUGCCGGGUGGGGCCCGCUCGGACAACUAUCGGGCGAUCCACUGGACGCGAACGCGCGCCAACGAGCUGCUGGACGUUUACCUGGCCGAACCGCUGAGCAUGCAGUGUAACCGCUCGGACGGUACCCGUUUCCCAGGGUUCGACUGGGAGGGUGCCCCGAUCACACCGUUCAGGCUACCGACCGCACAUCCGCCGACCCCCACGAAGGUACCACGCUGCCCUCGGGUACCGGCGUCGUUGGCCUGGUUUAAGCCGCUGGCCGAGGGCCACUGCGAUCGCUUUGGCGAGUGUCUGUACGCCGAGCAGAAGCUGAAGGAGUAAUGCCUCGUGGUCAGUCAGCCCGCGGUGCCCGCAUGCCGAGUAG